CCCACGGGGGCUUUUUUCCGGUGUAUUUUUAUUAGACUUGAUAUGAUAUCUGAACUAAACUACACAUCCCGGUGUGCGCCUAAUGACCCCUCCAAUCGGGAGCUUGUGAUUUGGCGCUGAGCGGAGACCGACAAGGCCCAAAGCAGGGUGCUUUUGUUAGCCAGAGGAAGAGGGAGCUAGAGAUAUUAAAAAAAAGGCUACGUAGGGGGCGAGAGUUGAACAUAUCUCUCUAGCAAGGUUUCACGAAAUGCCAUAGUCCCAAGAUUCAGAAAGAGCCAAGCAAUGGGAUUGGGUAGCGAUCAGAUACCGUAAACCCCCUUCUGUCCAGAAUCGCGUUAAACGGGGAGGCCUGCGCUUUUAUCAGUUUUCCACGAUUUUUUUUAUUUUAUUUUUUCAUUUUUAUACAGAUUAUACGAGGAAACGCUGCUACCUGGUGUAUGUGUUUAGAAUGGGACACGCUGAAGGUCCAGUCAGAGAAAAAGACAGUUAAGGAUGCAGGAGCACAACAAUGGAUUUCUCCUUCUCUUUCAUGCAAGGGAUCAUGGGAAAUACAAUUCAGCAACCCCCUCAGCUCAUUGACUCAGCCAACAUCCGACAGGAGGGCACCUACGACACCGGUAGUGAUCCGGGUGAGGAUGGAGGUCCCUCCUACGAUGCUGCCCUGGAAGCAGAGUUUUCGUAUCCCCCUUCAGCCUCGGAGGACAUGCCCCAGGUCUCCAACGGCUACCCGCCAGGUCUGGGCAUGUACGAACCACAGGCCAAGUUCUCCAUGUACUCACAGUUCCCAAAUGGCUCGGCCAACGGGUACGGGGCCAUACGGAGCUACGGAGAGCACGGCCUCAUGCCAGGGGAGGGGACGGUACUGAGAGGCCCAGGCCUCCAGGAGAGACCACUGUCUCCUGUGUCUCCACCACUGCCCUCACAUCACCCGCAUCUCCACCACCACCCCCACCACCACCAUGCACACCACUACCACCCAAACCCGCCACACAUACAGCCCCACCCUCACGCUCACCCACACCCCCAAAGCCCUCCACCGCUGCCCUCACAGCAUCACCUGCCCCAGACGCCUCAUAUUAUGACCCACACACUUCCCCCUCCUCCCCCGUUACUCCUGCCCUCCUCAAGCCCUCCCCCCUCCCUGCUGGACAGUACCCCCUCUUCUCAGCCCCCCCACACCCCGUCUACCGCCCCCAGCGGGGUGCUGAAGAAAACCAGCUCUCCAGAGAUCAAGCUGAAGAUCAUAAAGACGUAUCAGAAUGGCAAAGAGCUGUUUGAGUCUGCUUUAUGUGGAGAUUUGCUGCAGGAGCUGCAGCAGGAGUCUCAGAAGAACGAGGCCGCACAGAUGCAGCGCAGACACGAGAGGAAGAAGGAGAAGAGGAAAAAGAGUGCAAGACUGCAGGUGCAGGUCAAGGAACGGGGGUUGGACCAGAGCCAACCACAGGCAGGUACGACAGGCCAGACAGAGGACACUCAUGUCCAGCCUCAACCUAGAGAGCAACCCGCCGCUCAGCCAGAGAAGCCUCAGAAGACCGUCAUCAAAGCUGAGCCAAAGACACCAAAGGUUCCAAAGGUCCAUCACCCAUCAGUGAUCCAAGAGACAGGCUUCUGUAAGGAGUUUGUGAUAGGAGAUCUGGUGUGGUCCAAGGUGGGCACCUACCCCUGGUGGCCCUGCAUGGUCUCCUCUGACCCGCAGAUGAAGGUCCACACACGCAUCAACACCAGAGGUCAUAGGGAAUAUCACGUCCAGUUCUUUGGCAGUGUGGCUGAGCGAGCGUGGAUCCAUGAGAAGAGGAUAGUCAUAUACCAAGGGGAGCACCAGUUUGAGGAACUGCAGUCUGAGACACUGCGCAAGACCACAAACCCUGCAGAGAGACACAAACUUAUGAAGCCAAUUCCUCAGAGGGAGCGUACUCAGUGGGAGGUUGGUGUAGGCCAUGCUGAAGAUGCCUUCCUAAUGACACGACAAGAACGCAUCGACAACUACACCUUCAUCUACGUGGACCCGGAUCCCAACGAGCCCCCGCCCACCAAGAAGACCAACAUCAGAGCUGAAAAACGCACGCAGCGCUCCAGCAGUUCGGCCAGUAAGAAGGAAGACGGCAAAGUUACUUCACCAGACAGAGAGCAGCAACCACGCCGACAGCUGCCUCGGAGACAGUGCAGUAUCACAAAUACAAGUGACUCCGCCAACUCCCAGGCUUCAAAUGGAGAGAAGAACCAGAGGGGGGAUGCCAAUCAGUCCAGCUCCCCUAAACAGAACUCCGCUUCUGAGGCACGAGCACGUCCGGAGUCCCCGCCACCGGUGAGGGCAUGGAAAACAGCGGCGGCAAGGAAGCUGCUGCCCCUGUCCAUCACCAUGAAGAAGCUGAAUGUGGAGAUCACCAAGUGUGACUGGCCUCUCUUGCAGAAAAAAGUAGUUUCCUCUCCCAAAAAAGAAAAAGAAGAAGACAGGGAGGAGAGAGCGAAGGGAGAGACAAGGCAGACCGACCUGGGAUACUGCUCACCUGAGCAGGACUGCGGAGCAAAACCUGAACCCAGUCCAGAGGAGGAGGAAGAAGGGGAUGAUGCAGAGGAAGAUGGGGAGGAAAGACGAGGCUCCCCUGCCAGUCGCAGAAGUGAGGAGGUACAGCAGACCUCCUCACCCGGCUCUCACCACAGCAGUCCGCAAGGCUCUCAGGAGAGGAAGCAGCAGCGGCGGUCAGUCAGGAGCAGGUCCGAGUCUGAGCGUGGAAAUGAUCCCGUCCCCAAAAAGAAAACCAAAAAGGAACAGGCUGAGACAGCUCCUGAGACCACACUGCGGACAGGCUCACAGAAAGGAGCCAGUGAGAUCUCAGAUGCCUGCAAGCCCCUGAAGAAGCGAAGCCGAGCCUCUACAGAUGUGGAGAUGGCUUCAUCUCAGUAUAGAGACACGUCAGACUCGGACUCCAGAGGCCUCAACGACCCCCAGGGUUUGUUUGGGAAGAGUCUAGAUAGCCCAGCCGCAGCAGACGCGGACGCAUCAGACACUCAAUCUGUGGACUCCAGCCUCUCUCGUCAGGGCAGCAACACUGGCAAGAGAGACACUGUAUGCCAGAUCUGUGAAGUGUAUGGAGAGGGCUUGGUGGUGUGUGAAGGUGACUGCAACAGACAGUUUCACUUGGACUGUCUCGGUCUGACAUCCUUACCUGACGGCAAGUUCACCUGCCUGGAAUGUAGAAACGGCAAUCACUCUUGUUUUAGCUGUAAAACAGUGGGACGGGAGGUGACGCGCUGCUCUGUGGCCGGAUGCGGCUGCUACUACCACGAGGAUUGUGUCCGUAAACUCCCAGGCACCACCAGCAGUCCGGGUGGAGGCUUCUGCUGCCCGCAGCACACCUGCUCAACCUGCUGCCUGGAGAGAGACCUGCAGCGGGCCAGUAAAGGGCGUCUGAUGCGCUGUAUCCGCUGUCCAGUGGCCUAUCACACGGGAGACAGCUGUGUGGCAGCGGGCAGCGUGGUCCUCACCCAUCACAUCAUGAUCUGCAGCAACCACGGCAGUGCCAAGAGGAACGGCCUGCUCUCCUCCCCCAUCAACGUGGGAUGGUGCUUCCUCUGUGCCAGAGGGCUGUUAGUGCAGGACCUUACUGACACCAUAUUAAGUUCAUAUGCCUAUAAGUCCCACUACCUUCUGACUGAGUCAAAUCGUGCUGAGUUGAAAUUACCUAUGAUUCCCUCUCCUUCGUCAGCUACCAAAAAGAAUGUUGGGAAAGGAGGCAAGUUGCUGUGCUGCGACUCGUGCCCAGCUUCAUUCCACCCAGAGUGUCUGGAGAUGGAGAUGCCAGAGGGGGCGUGGUCCUGUAGUGAUUGCAGGGCAGGGAAGAAACCUCACUACAAACAAAUUGUCUGGGUCAAACUAGGCAACUACAGGUGGUGGCCAGCGGAGAUCUGCAACCCUCGCCUGGUGCCGUCAAACAUCCAGAGCCUUCGCCACGAUAUCGGAGACUUCCCUGUCUUCUUCUUUGGUUCCCAUGACUACUACUGGAUCAACCAGGGCCGCGUGUUCCCCUACGUAGAAAACGACAAGAACUUUGUCACGGGUCAGAUCAACAUCAACAAAACCUUUAAGAAAGCCCUGGAGGAAGCAGCCCGGCGAUUUCAGGAGCUCAAGGCUCAAAGGGAGAGCAGGGAGGCUCUGGAGCAGGAACGCAACUCACGUAAACCUCCACCCUACAAAUUCAUCAAGUCCAACAAACCAGUGGGGAAAGUGCAGGUGCAUGUGGCUGACCUGUCAGAAAUCCCCCGAUGCAACUGCAAACCAACUGAUAAGCAUCCUUGCAACCUCGACUCCCAGUGUCUCAACCGCAUGCUCCAGUACGAGUGUCAUCCACAGGUGUGCCCUGCAGGAGACAGCUGUGAGAACCAGUGUUUCUCCAAGCGGCUCUAUGCAGAGACGGAGGUUAUAAAGACAGACGGCCGUGGCUGGGGCCUCAGGACCAACCAGGCUCUCAGGAAGGGAGACUUUGUGACGGAGUACGUGGGAGAGGUGAUCGACUCGGAGGAGUGCCAGCAGCGGAUCAAGCGCGCCCAUGAGAAUCACGUGACUAACUUCUACAUGCUCACUCUCACUAAGGAUCGAGUGAUCGACGCAGGGCCCAAGGGAAACUCCUCUCGAUUCAUGAACCAUAGCUGCAGCCCCAACUGUGAGACCCAGAAAUGGACAGUAAACGGGGACGUUCGCAUAGGACUCUUCGCCCUGUGUGAUAUCGAGGCUGGCACAGAGCUGACGUUCAACUACAACUUGCACUGUGUGGGCAACAGGAGAACAUCUUGCCACUGUGGAGCGGACAACUGCUCUGGAUUUCUAGGGGUGCAGCCAACGAGUGCAGUGGUGAUGGAGAAAGAGGAGAAGGCCAGGAAUGCUAAGCUGAAGCCCAAAAAGCGGAAGCUGCGGCCAGAGGGCAAACACACACACGAGUACUUCUGUUUCUGCUGCGGAGAGGGAGGGGAGCUGGUGAUGUGUGACAGGAAGGACUGUCCGAAAGCAUAUCACCUGCUGUGUCUCAACCUCACCAAGCCCCCAUACGGUCGUUGGGAGUGUCCAUGGCACGACUGCAGCGUGUGCGGCGCCCCAGCCUCCUCCCUCUGCGACUUCUGUCCUCGCUCCUUCUGCCGGGACCACGAGGCGGGAGCCCUCACCCCUUCAUCCCUGGAGGGCCGUCCCUGCUGCUCCAGUCACAACCCCCUCAGUCCCCUGGGCUCCAACCCCAACUUGACCCAGCCACGCAGUCCCAGUCUGAGCCCGGUCAGGGUCAAAGAGGAGCCCAAGGUGGAGCCAGGCCAGCUGGCCGCAGAGUGACGCUGCAGCUCCCUCAAUACCUCAUUCCCUGUACAGUGCGCUCCCUGUCGGCCGGAGCCUCGCCGGGCUCCCCACCCAGUCCAUCUCUGACCCGAAGCAGUGCACUCUGAAAGGGAAUACAGUGCUUUUUGACCAGCCGCUGUUGAGGGCUGAGACACACAGAUGAACACCUCGUUGCCGCCGUGGCGUGAGCGGAUUGAUUUGACAUUGGUCUGGAGUGUCGGCAGGGGAGGUGACCGGGCAUCACGGUGCGUCGUUCUCUCCUCUCUAGCCAUGAAAAAAAAGAAAAAAAACCACACCACUAACACUCUCUACCGUCAGUCUAAGCCCAGCGGAAGGCCCAGACCACCACCUCAUUGUGUUAUUAUUUUUGUUUGUUUUUAUUUUCUUAUUUUUAUUUUUAAUUUUUGAUUUUAAUUUUUAUUUUUACAGCUGUGGAAUUGUACGUGUUGUUACAUUGUCAGUUACCGGCACUUUGAAGAACUCAAUGAGGGAGGUGGGGAAAGAGAGAGAGAGAAAGAGAGAGAGAGAGAGAGAGAAAUGUAAAGCUGAACCUCUCCACCACGCUGCUCUUCUCCUUGUUUACCUGCUGUGAGUUGUGGUCGCUCGGGGGCCUGUUUGCAUCUCCCACGCAGAUGGCUUUAUGGCGCGGUGACCACGCAGAGCCAAUCCGUAACACUCUCUUCCACAGCGAUCAUCACUCCAGAUGUGAUCUAUCAUUCUAUUUAUCUCUUCUUUGAGAAAGGGGAGGGGCGGGGCGACCGAUUUGUGCAAUUUUUCAGGACCACACUACAUUCCAACCUUCCUUAGACAUGGUUUUAAUAUACUUAUGAGUAUAGAUGAUGAAUAUAAUUAUAUACAGUAUCUAUGUUUGUUAAUGUUUACAGACAGAUUCUCUCACUUCAUCUCAGUGAGUGGUGUAUUAUGUUUGUUUGUUUAGGUGUAAUGCAUUACGCAGACCUCCUUGUGAAAAUAGUCCUAUUAAGGUGAAAUUAUAAUGGUAUAUAGUGUAAUGGUAUGACAUUACAAAAGUACUUGUGAUUUUCAUAUUGCCAGUCUCACUCGCCAUUGUGUACAUAAUUGGCUCAUAAUAUUGUAAAGUACUAAAGAGCAGGAGGGACAGAGCGGUAAAGCGCCAGCAGCAAUCACAGUCUUGCCUCUCUGGUUGUUCCUGUAAGAAGGAAACGCUGAAUGCAUUUCCUUUUUUUUUUAACAAGAGGACAAAUACUUUGUUUUUUUUUUGUUGUUGUUGUUUUUGAAUGGUCUUAUAAGUUCAGUUCCACAUGUUCUCCUAUCAGUUACUGUUACAGUGUACUAGACUAGUAUUCUGGAUGGAGGGGCCCAGCUUGUGAUCACUGGUGCUGUCUUGAAGUAUUGUUAAUUGGCCUUAAGGGAUCACGUCGCUUUGACUGUGGCUGCAGCACCGGCAGCCCAAACGCAGUCCAUUUCUGUAACAUUGUGUACUGUGACCGCUAUUGCUUUUGUUUUUCCAUUGGUUUUGCCAAACUUUUUCUGAAGCACUUUCACACGGCUUAUCGCUACACGAUUUAGGUAGGUCAUACAUAUACAGAAAUGUAUAUAAAAAGAAACAUAUGACAAGUGUACAUGUUUUAAAAAUGGAUACCUCUUCUUCUUCUGUAGUAAUGUUGAAAAAUUUAAACUGUGUUGUAACCUUUUUCUCUCGGUCAGAAGUCGAAACAGUGGGAGCGCCGGGCACGGUUUCUGGGGGGGAAAGUGUCCUAAAUGCUGUUUAUGGCACAAAUAGGAAUGACUGCCAACUUGGCCUCUUAGCCUCUCCUCCCGUUUUAGCUAAAGAAACACCCUCAGCGUCAGCCGGGGUCAGAUGGAGUCGGUCCGCCGUCUGCCUCGGCCGCUCUUCAUCCUCACUGCAGUGAACAACCUCGAGAGCAUCUACAAGGCUGGGUUUUAUAUCAAGCAGGAGGCGAAGCGGCUCUACAGCAGUCCAGUAUAAUGUACAAAAUAAUGUUGCAAACUUGUGUACAGUGUUUUUAAUCGCUCAUCUGUCAAAUCCAAUUUUUUGUAUUUAUUAUUACACCAUAUUUUAUACCAGUCAGUUUCUGUUACAGACACCAGUGCAGUAAGUAAGUAAGUUGUCUCCCUCUUCACCACGGUUCAAGUGAAACAGACUAGAAAAAAAAAAACAUGGGGAGUUUUUACAUAAUUUGUUUAUCUAUAUGUAGUCAUUGCGUACAUUUUCUGUUUUUAUAUUGGUGUAAUGAUUCCACAUUUGGUAACAGCCGCUGCUCAUCGACCUGUAUCGUGACUCACUGUAUUUGUGUUAAAACAGUGUAAAGCAGUUCAGUAUUGGAAUAUACAGUUUUUUCCCCCCCAGUUGGAGCAGUUUGACGCUGUUUUAGCCUGGACUCAAACUUUAUCACGAUGGCACGAAGCUUAUUUGCAGUCAUGCCGAACCUACACUUGUAAUUCUUCUCUCGGUUACAUGACUGUGUUUGUGUUUUCUGUCCUGGAAGACAUUGGAAGAGACUCCCGGGAUGAUCAGUGUCAAAAAGUCACUCAUCAAACAACGGGAUGAAAUGGUGCCAAUGAAGUCAAAUCCCUCCCUAACACAUACAGUAGUUGAAUUUGCAGAAAAGUGACAAAAUAGUUACAUCCGAAUGGGCUAUUGUGAUUUAUUCUCCUUAUAUGAGUACACUCUGCUCCCAAAUUUGCCAAAUUGCAGCAUUCAGAGACGAGGCGAGCAGCAUUUUGUUAGAUAGACAUUCAGUAGAUAGUUGUAGGAAUUAGGCCAUUCCAGUACUUGCUGUAGUUCACACAGCUCAUCAGGUGGGUGCGUCAUUAAGGCACUUUGACAUACUCAAAACGGUCUGCGUGUUAAAACCGUCUAAACUUGAAUUUCCUUUUUAUUCAUUAUUUGACUUUCUUUAUUUUUUUAUUUAUUAAUGUAUUUUUAUAUGGCAUUCAUACAUCGAUUUUAAGACUGUCCUCUUACAGAUUUGAGUCUGUGUGUACGGCUUAUGGUGUGUGUAUCAAACUUCAGAAAACAAGGUGUAGUCCGGCUUGCAGGCCUUUUCCUAACCCACGCGAGGUGACAGCUGUUCAUCUGAGGCACAUAAACUCAAAAUCCAUCUGCCCGACGUGAGACUCUUCACAGCGGAGAGGAGACACAGAUUGAAUCCCUUUUUUUUUAAUCAGUUGGAGAGUCUAUAUUUUUUAUUUUAACGCCAAUAGUUUGGUUUUAUUUGUGUAUUGUCUUUUUUUUUUUUUUUUGUCCAAUUGCACAGAAAUUCCAUGUAACCGAACAGCCUUUAUUUUUGCACCUCCAGACCGCAUGAACACAAAUCAUUUUGUGCCAGUCUGACAUUAAUAUUAACACGUUUGUCCUCUGCCUUUCUCAGCUGAUACAGCAGCAGUAUUAUGUAUGCCUAAUUUAUGUGUCCCAGUGUGUGGCAUCAUUUCAUUUACUUAAUAUAGUAUCUGAUGUAUAUUCUGUUUUUGUUGGCUCAUUCUUGUGUAGUGACCACAUUUCUGAGAAGACAGCAUGUUGGUUCUCAUUUUAAGUGACCCUUAUAAAGCCCGAGGAGAAGGAUUUUUUUUUUCUAAGUGUCCAGAAUUUUUCUAAAACAUAUUUUCAACUUAUAAAUUUAGUGACCCUCUCCCCUCCUCCCUCCCUCCCAUGUCUGAAGGGUAUGUUUCAGUUCACUGUGAUGUCUUCUGGUUUUUGUGCAAUGUUGCUGACCGUCAUUGAGGUUUUUGAUUGACAUGCUGUCAAGAGGAGGAAUAGUGUUGGAAUAAAGAAAUUCAAGUUUCAUAAGCACUCAUCUCUUUUUACAUGUAGUAAAAAUUGCUUACAGUAAUUCUAACUGGGGUCAUAUCUAUCUCUCUUGGUGUUGCUUCAAUUAAAACGUGGAUGAACACAAAAUACCAUGUUGAUUACUGUUCAACCUGUGUUAUUGCAUAUUGCAUAUUGUUGAAGACUUGUAAAUAGUUUGCAUUGAACUUGCAUAGGAUCAUGUUACUGUGGCGUGCUAUUGCCUGUACAAUUCUGCUUCUAAAUGUGUGUGACUGUUGGGACAACACUCUUUUUGUACAUGACUGUCUUUUUAUUUGAGACUAUUGAUUCUGUCCUUUUUCAUUCUAAAGUUGAGUUUGAAGAGUUCAGACAUGCCUGAAGUUUGACUUUAAUAAAGCUGUACUCUGUCUCAGUGAAA